GCCCUUGGAGCGGACAUGGCGCUGCUGCGGCCCCGCGGGGCCGCUAUGGCUCUGGCCCUGCUCCGCCGCCCCGCCGUGCUCACCGCCGCCCCUCGCAGCGCCCCGGCCCGGGACAGCCACGGCCACGGCCCGGCCCCGCAGGGACAACACGGCGGUUCCAAGGCUGCAUCCCUGCACUGGACAGGGGAGCGAGCUGUCAGCGUGUUCCUGCUGGGGCUCCUCCCUGCAGCCUACCUGUGCCCAGGACCUGCUGUGGACUAUUCCCUGGCCGCUGCCCUCACUCUCCACGGCCACUGGGGUCUUGGCCAGGUAAUCACUGAUUAUGUCCACGGAGACACAGCCAUUAAAGUGGCCAACACGGGGCUGUACGUGCUGUCGGCCGCCACCUUCGCCGGCCUCUGCUACUUUAACUACCACGAUGUGGGGAUCUGCAAGGCUGUGGCCAUGCUCUGGAGCCUCUGAGGUGCCACCAGAGCCCCUGACACACACGAUUGUUGUUCUCUGCUGCCUCUGCUUCAUCGUAUUUUUACCACCAUUUAACGCGAAACGAGCGAAAAGCCAAGGGUCCAUAGUGAGAGCGUCCUGCAGGGAGCUCAGAGUCCUUUAGAAUGAAAACACCCACCAGCAGGGAAGAUGUUGGAGAAGAAACGGUAGAUUUAAGCUGGAUAAUGUCCAUCAGAGCGAGGUGGUUUAAGCCGUGCUGUAAAUUGGGAUGAAUUAAUU